UCAGUUACUACAUCGACUGACUCUUAGGGAGUUAGGCUCACUCAUUCUCCCCUUCAGGAUUCAGAUCGUAGAAGCAGUUAAUUUCAUAGAUAAACUUAAAAAAAAAACAGAGAGGACUUUAUUUAAUUUUUUUUUAAUUUUCUGGAAGGCUACUUUGGUUUCUUAUUAUUAUCUGGCCUAAGUCUGAAAAACGUACUGGAGUACAUUUCAUUAAGAUAUUCACUGCUGCCUUGAUAUUUUUAUUUUUGCCCAAAUGAUUUGGUAUGAAGAAGUAGAAGAUUGUUAUGAAAGGGAAGAUGUUCAAAAGAAAACAUUCACAAAAUGGAUAAAUGCACAAUUUUCUAAGUUUGGGAAACAACAUAUUGAAGAUCUUUUCAAUGAUCUUCAGGAUGGAAGAAGACUCUUGGACCUCCUUGAAGGUCUUACAGGUCAAAAAUUGCCAAAAGAAAAAGGCUCCACAAGAGUUCACUCUCUGAACAAUGUCAACAAGGCACUGCAGAUCUUGCAGAAAAAUAAUGUUGAUUUAGUGAAUAUUGGAAGCACAGAUAUAGUAGAUGGAAAUCAUAAAUUGACUCUUGGUUUGAUCUGGAAUAUAAUUCUCAAUUGGCAGGUCAAAAAUGUAAUGAAAAAUAUCAUGGCUGGGUUGCAGCAAACAAACAGUGAAAAGAUCUUGCUGAGCUGGGUACGUCAAUCAACUCGCCACUAUCCACAGGUCAAAGUCAUCAACUUCACUACAAGCUGGUCAGAUGGACUGGCUUUUAAUGCACUCAUUCACAGUCACAGGCCUGAUCUCUUUGAUUGGGAUUGUGUGGUUCGCCAGCAGUCAGCUGUACAACGAUUAGAACAUGCAUUUAACAUAGCCAAAAAUCAGUUGGGUAUAGAGAAACUGCUUGAUCCUGAAGAUGUUGCAACAGCCUAUCCAGAUAAGAAGUCUAUCUUAAUGUAUGUCACAACACUCUUCCAAGUUCUGCCUCAACAAAUAAGCAUGGAAGCUAUUCAUGAAGUAGAGAUGUUGCCAAGACCAUCAAAAGGUCCUCAAGGAGAACAUUUUCAAUUGCACCAUGAAAUGCACUAUUCUCAGCAGAUCACAGUCAGUUUAGCACAGGGCCAUGUGCGAACUUCCUCAUCUCUUCAACCUCGAUUCAAAAGCUAUGCCUAUACUCAAGCUGCUUAUGUAACAUCCUCUGACCCAGGAAAGAGGCCAUUUUCUUCACAGCAUGUGGAAGUUCCUGAUGACAAGUCUCUGAGUACUUCAUUGAUGGAGACUGAAGUAAACCUGGAUAGCUACCAAACAGCUUUAGAAGAAGUACUGACAUGGCUUCUCUCUGCUGAAGAUGCUUUACAAGCACAAGGUGAAAUUUCAAAAGAUGUUGAAGAAGUGAAAGAACAGUUUCACACCCAUGAGGGUUAUAUGAUGGAAUUAACAGCUCACCAGGGACGAGUUGGCAAUGUUCUGCAAUUGGGAAGCCAACUGAUCAGAACUGGGAAGCUUUCAGAAGAUGAAGAAAAUGAAAUCCAAGAACAAAUGAAUCUCCUCAAUUCUCGAUGGGAAUGUCUCAGGGUGGCUAGCAUGGAAAAACAAAGCAAUUUACAUAAAGUUUUAAUGGAUCUUCAGAAUCAUCAAUUAACACAUUUAACUGCCUGGUUAUCUGAAACUGAAGCCAGGACAAAGAAAAUGGAGGCAGAGUCCUUGGGUCCUGAUCUUGAAGACCUAAAACGCCAAAUCCAACAACAUAAGGUGCUUCAAGAAGAUUUAGAGCAAGAACAAGUUAGAGUCAAUUCUCUCACUCACAUGGUGGUAGUGGUGGAUGAAACUAGUGGUGACAAAGCAACUGCUGACCUGGAGAAACAGUUACAGGUUUUGGGAGACCGAUGGGCCAAUAUAUGUCGAUGGACAGAAGAUCGCUGGGUUCUCCUACAAGACAUCCUUCUGAAAUGGCAACGAUUUACCAAAGAACAGUGCCUCUUUGAUACGUGGCUUUCUGAAAAAGAAAGUGCAGUACACAAUAUCCAUACCACUGGCUUUAAGGACCAGAAUGAAAUGUUAUCUAGUCUUCGCAAGCUGGCUAUUUUAAAAGGAGAGCUAGAAAUGAAGAAACAAACAAUGGAUAAAUUGUGUUCACUCAGUCAGGAUCUACUCUCAACUCUAAAAAACAAGAUAGUAGCUCAAAAGAUAGAAGCAUGGCUGGAAAGCUUUGCCAAACGUUGGGAUAAUCUGAUCCAAAAACUUGAAAAGAGUUCUGUGCAGAUUUCACAGGCUGUCACCACCACUCAGACAUCUCUAACACAGACAACUGUAAUGGAAACUGUAACUAUGGUGACCACAAGGGAAGAAAUCCUGGUAAAGCAUGCCAAAGAGGAGCCGCUACCAUCACCUCCCCAAAAGAAGAGACAGAUUGUUGUGGAUUCAGAAAUUAGGAAAAGGUUUGAUGCUGAUACAACUGAACUUCACAGCUGGAUGACUCGAUCAGAAGCUGUAUUGCAAAGCCCUGAAUUUGCAAUAUAUAGAAAAGAAGGCAACCUUUCAGACCUCAAAGAAAAAGUCAAUGUCAUAGAGCGAGAAAAGCCCGAGAAGUACAGAAAACUACAAGAUGCCAGCAGAUCAGCUCAGGCAUUGGUGGAACAGAUGGUGAAUGAAGGCGGCAAUGCAGACAACAUCAAGCAAGCCUCUGAACAGCUGAACAGCCGAUGGAUUGAGUUCUGUCAGUUGCUAAAUGAAAGACUUUCCUGGCUGGAGUAUCAGAACAACAUCAUUACUUUCUACACUCAGCUACAGCAAUUGGAGCAGCAGACAACCACUGCUGAAAACUGGGUGAAAGCACAAGCCACACCAGCUGCAGAACCUGCUGCAGUAAAAAUGCAGCUAAAAAACUGUAAGGAUGAAGUUGCUCGCCUGUCAACUCUUCAGCCUCAAGUUGAACGAUUAAAAAUUCAAAGCAUAGCAUUGAAAGAAAAAGAACAAUGCCCCAUGUUCCUGGAUGCAGACUUUGUUGCUUUUACUAACCAUUUUAAACAAAUACUUUCUGAUCUACAGUCUAGAGAGAAUCAACUUCAAGCUACUUUGGACAGUUUACCUCCUACACAUUAUUUGGAAAUGAUGAAUACUAUACUUACAUGUAUUCAGCAAUCAGAAACCAAACUCUCUAUACCUCAGGUAUCUGUCACUGAAUAUGAAACCAUGGAGCAAAGACUCAGGGAGUUAAAGGCUUUGCAAAGUUCUCUUCAGGAGCAACAGCCAGGUCUGAAUCUGCUCAAUACAACAGUGGAAGAGAUGUCAAAGAAAGCUCCCCCAGAAAUUAAUAAAAAAUAUCAGUUAGAACUUGAAGGUAUACAGACCCGUUGGAAGAAGUUAUCAUCACAACUGUUGGAACACUGCCAAAAAUUAGAAGAACAGAUGACUAAACUCCAACAAUUCCAGAAUGACAUAAAAACCCUGAAGAAAUGGAUGGCAGAAGUUGAUGUUUUCCUGAAGGAAGAAUGGCCAGUCCUUGGGGAUUCAGAAGCUUUGGAAAAACAACUGGAACAGUGCACAGUUUUAGUAAAUGAUAUCCAAACAAUCCAUCCAAGUUUAAUCAGUGUCAAUGAUAUUGGGGAGAAGAUAAAGAAUGAAGCAGAACCACAGUUUGCUUCCAAAGUUCAAGCAGAAUUAAAAGAACUUAAUGAUCAGUGGGACCAUAUUUGCCAACAGGCACAUGCUAAAAAGGAAGCCCUGAAAGGAGGUUUGGAUAAGACCGUAAGCCUUCGAAAAGACUUGUCUGAGAUGCAUGAAUGGAUAACACAAGCAGAAGAGGAAUACUUGGAGAGGGAUUUUGAGUAUAAAACACCAGAUGAGCUCCAAAAAGCAGUUGAAGAAUUGAAGAGUGCUAAGGAAGAAGCCCUACAGAAAGAAGUCAAAGUUAAACUCCUCACAGACUCUAUGAAUAAUUUCAUAGCACGCGCUCCACCUGUCGCACAUGAUGCCUUAAAAAAGGAACUCGACACCCUAAUUACUAACUACCAACGACUCUGCAGUAGACUUAAUGGAAAAUGCAAGACUUUGGAGGAGGUCUGGGCAUGCUGGUGUGAAUUACUGUCAUACUUGGAGACUGAAAACAAGUGGCUAACUGAGGUAGAAAUCAAACUAAAAGCAACUGAAAACAUCCCAGGUGGAGCUGAGGAAAUUUCUGAAGCUCUUGAUUCGCUUGAAAAUUUAAUGCAGCAUCCAGAAGAAAACCGAAAUCAGAUUCGAGAACUAGCACAAACACUAACAGAUGGUGGAAUUCUAGAUGAACUUAUCAAUGAGAAACUGGAGAAAUUUAAUUCUUGGUGGGAAGACCUUCAUCAAGAGGCUGUGAGGAGGCAGAAAUUUCUGGAACAGAGUAUCCAGUCUGCCCAGGAAACUGACAAAACCCUUCGGCUGAUUCAAGAGUCUCUGGCAUUCAUUGACAGACAGUUAACGGCCUUUAUUACAGACAGAGUAGAUGCAGCCCAAGUUCCCCAGGAAGCUCAGAAAAUCCAAUCUGAUUUAACAAGCCAUGAGAUUAGCUUAGAAGAAAUGAAGAAACGUAACCAAGGAAAGGAUACUGCCAAGAGGGUUCUCACCCAGAUUGAAGUAGCACAGAAAAAAUUGCAGGAUGUUUCUGUGAAGUUCCGCUUAUUCCAAAAGCCAGCCAAUUUUGAGCAGCGUCUAGAGGAAAGUAAGAGAGUGUUAGAUGAAGUGAAAAUGCAGUUCCCUGUAUUGGAAAUGAAAAGUGUUGAACAGGAAGUAGUACAGUCACAGCUGGAUCAUUGCAUGAAAUUAUACAAAAGCCUGAGUGAGGUGAAGUCUGAGGUGGAAAAUGUGAUAAAAACUGGUCGACAGAUUGUGCAGAAACAACAGACAGAAAAUCCCAAAGAACUUGAUGAAAGACUAACUGCUUUGAAGUUGCAUUAUAAUGAUUUGGGUGCAAAAGUAACAGAAAAGAAGCAACAGUUAGAGAAAUGUUUGAAAUUGUCAAGGAAGUUGCGGAAGGAAAUGAAUGCCUUAACAGAGUGGCUGGCAGCAACAGAUACAGAAUUGACAAAGAGAUCGGCAGUUGAAGGAAUGCCUGCUAAUUUGGAUGCUGAGAUUGCAUGGGGAAAGGCUACUCAGAAAGAGAUUGAGAAAAGACAACCUCAGCUAAAGAUCAUAACUGAUUUAGGAACAUCCCUAAAGACAGUGCUGGGCAAAAAGGAAAAUCUGGUAGAUGAUAAACUCAGCCUUCUGAAGAGUAAUUGGAUUGCAGUAACAUCUCGAGCAGAAGAAUGGUUAAAUCUACUAUUGGAAUACCAGAAACACAUGGAAACUUUUGAUGAAAAUGUAGCUCACAUCACCUCCUGGAUCUCUCAUGCUGAAAUAUUAUUGGAUGAAUCAGAGAAAAAGAAAACUCAGCAGAAAGAAGAUGUACUUAAGUGCUUAAAGGCUGAACUGAAUGAUAUGCGUCCAAAGGUGGACUCUACGCAUGACCAGGCUAUAAAUUUGAUGACAAAUCGUGGCGACCACUGCAGGAAAGUAAUAGAGCCCAAACUGACAGAGCUCAACCAUCGAUUUGCAGCUAUUUCUCAAAGAAUUAAGACUGGAAAGGCCUCCAUUCCUUUGAAGGAAUUGGAGCAGUUUAACUCAGAUAUACAAAAAUUGCUUGAACCACUGGAGGCUGAAAUUCAGCAGGGGGUGAAUCUGAAAGAGGAAGACUUCAAUAAAGAUAUGAGUGAAGACAAUGAGGGUACUGUAAAAGAGUUGUUGCAAAGAGGAGACACCUUACAACAAAGAAUCACAGAUGAGAGAAAGCGAGAGGAAAUAAAGAUAAAACAGCAGCUGUUACAGACAAAACAUAAUGCUCUCAAGGAUUUGAGGUCUCAGAGAAGAAAAAAGGCUCUAGAAAUUUCUCAUCAGUGGUAUCAGUACAAGAGGCAGGCUGAUGAUCUACUGAAAUGCUUGGAUGACAUUGAGAAAAAAUUAGCCAGUCUACCAGAACCCAAAGAUGAAUGGAAACUAAAGGAGAUUGAUCGUGAGUUGCAGAAGAAGACAGAAGAGUUGAAUGCGGUGCACAGACAAGCUGAGAGCUUGUCUAAGGAUGGGGCCGCAAAGGCUGUGGAGCCAACCCUGAUCCAGCUCAGCAAGCGCUGGCGAGAAAUUGAGAGCAAAUUUGCUCAGUUUCGGAGACUCAACUAUGCACAAAUUCAAACUGUUCGUGAAGAAACAACAAUGGUGAUGACCGAAGGUUUGCCUUUGGAAACCUCUUAUGUGCCUUCUACUUAUCUUGCUGAGAUUCUUCGGGUCAUACAAACCAUAUCCGAAGUGGAAUUUCUUCUUAAUACCCCUGAUCUCAAUGCUAAAGACUUUGAGGACCUGUUCAAGCAAGAAGAAUGUCUGAAGAAUGUGAAGGACAAUUUGCAAAGAAUUUCAAGUCAGGUUGAUGUCAUUCACAAUAAGAAGACAGCAGCCUUACAAAAUGCUACACCUGUGGAAGCUACUAAGAUAAAAGAAGCUCUAACUCAACUCAAUUUGCAGUGGGAGACAAUUAACAAGAUAUAUAAGGAUCGACAAGGGAAGUUUGACAGAUGUGUGGAAAAAUGGCGGUGUUUUCAUUAUGAUAUGAAAAUAUUUAACCAGUGGUUAACAGAAGCAGAACAGUUUUUAGAUAAAACAAAGCAUCCGGAUAACUUGGAUGAUACUAAAUACAGAUGGUACCUUAAGGAGCUCCAAGAUGGCAUCAGUCGGCAGCAAACUGUUGUCAAGGAAUUAACUGUAACUGGAGAAGAGAUCAUUGAACAAUCCUCAAAAGGAGAUGCGAGUAUUUUAGAGGAUAAACUGGAUUACCUGAAUGUUCGGUGGCAGGAGGUCUGCAGACAGCUGGAAGAAAGAAAAAAGAGGUUAGAAGAACAAAAGAAUAUUUUGUCAGAAUUUGAAGGUGACUUGAAUGAAUUUAUUUUAUGGUUGAAGGAAGCAGAAAGCAUUGUCAGUAUCCCUCUUGAACCAGGAAAUGAACAGCAAUUAAAGGAUGUACUGAAAAAAGUCAAGUUACGAGUGGAAGAAUUGCCAGCACGCCAGGGUAUACUGAAACAAUUAAAUGAAUCAGGAGGUACUGUUCUUGUAAGUGAAACCAUAAACCCAGAAGAACGCGAUAAACUGGAGAAUAAACGCAAAGAGGCAAACCUUCGAUGGAUAAAGAUUUCUAAAGAGUUACCUGAGAAACAGAAAGAAAUUGAAGCUCUGCUAAAGAAUUUUGUGCAGUUUGAAGAAGAGUUGCAUCAUUUGACAUUGUGGUUGAUCCCAAUUAAGAGUCAAUUGGAAUUUUACAACCAAGCAAGCCAGACAGAGCCCUUUGAUAUUAAGGAAAUCGAAGCAGCAGUUCAAGCUAAACAGCCGGAUGUGGAAGGAAUUUUGUCUAAAGGGUGGCAUUUAUACAAGGAAAAAUCAGUCACUGAGCCAGUAAAGAGAAAAUUAGAAGAUUUGAGCUCUGACUGGAAGGCAGUAAAUCAUUUACUUGAAGAUAUAAGGGGAAAGCCAAAAGAAGUAGCAUCUGGACCUACUGUUCCUGGUGUCUCUCCUGGUCAAACUGUUACUGUGGUUACGCAAACUCUGGUUACUAAGGAAACUACCAUCUCCAAACUAGAAAUGCCAUCUUCCUUGCUGUUGGAGGUACCAGCCCUAGCUGACUUCAACAAGGCGUGGACAGAGCUCACUGACUGGCUUUCCUUGCUUGAUCGUGUGAUAAAAACUCAGAAGGUGAUGGUGGGUGAUCUUGAAGACAUCAAUGACAUGAUCAUCAAACAGAAGGCAACACUACAGGAUUUGGAGCAGCGGCGCCCCCAACUGGAAGAACUGAUUACUGCGGCACAAAAUUUGAAAAACAAGACCGGCAACCAAGACGCCAGAACAAUCAUUACUGAUCGCAUUGAAAAAAUACAGAGUCAAUGGGAUGAAGUCCAAGAACAUCUUCAGAGGAGAAAACAGCAGCUGAAUGAAAUGCUGAAAGAUUCUGCUCAAUGGUUAGAAGCCAAGAAAGAAGCUGAAUGGACCCUGGAGAAAGCCAAAACAAGGCUAGAGUCAUGGAAAGAGAUUCCUUACACAAUGGAAGGAAUCAGAAAACAAUCCACAGAAAUUAAGCAAUUGGCAAAAGAACUACGUCAGUGGCAGAUAAAUGUGGAUGUGGCAAAUGAUUUGGCAAGAAAACUUCUCCGAGAUUAUUCAACAGAUGAUACCAGAAAAGUACAAAUGAUAACAGAUAAUAUCAAUGGCACUUGGGCUGACAUUAAUAAAAGGGUUAAUGAGAGAGAAGCUGCUCUGGAAGCAGCCCAUCGAUUGCUACAACAGUUCCCCCUGGAUCUGGAAACGUUCCUUGCCUGGCUCACUGAGGCAGAGACCACAGCCAAUGUCCUACAGGCUGCCACCCACAAAGAGAGAAUACUGGAGGACCCCAAGGGAGUUCGAGAGCUCAUGAAACAGUGGCAGGAUCUCCAGGGAGAAAUUGAAGCUCACACUGAUAUCUUCCACAACCUGGAUGAAAAUGGCCAGAAAAUUCUGAGAUCCUUAGAAGGUUCUGAUGAUGCUGUCUUGUUACAAAGACGCUUGGAUACCAUGAACUUCAAGUGGAGUGAGCUGAGGAAAAAGUCUCUCAACAUUAGAUCUCAUCUAGAAGUGAGUUCAGACCAGUGGAAACGUCUGCAUCUCUCUCUUCAGGAACUUCUAGUGUGGCUCCAACUUAAAGAUGAUGAGCUAAGCCGACAGGCACCUAUUGGAGGCGACUACCCUGCAGUACAACAGCAGAAUGAUAUACACAGGGCCUUCAAGAGAGAGUUGAAAACCAAAGAACCUGUAAUCACAAGUACACUUGAGACAGUGAGAAUCUUUCUUUCAGAGAAACCUUUGGAGGAACUUGAGAAGCAUUACCAGGAACCCAGAGAGCUACCUCCUGAGGAGAGGGCCCAGAAUGUCACAAGACUCCUGAGAAAGCAAGCUGAUGAAGUCAGCACUGAAUGGGAAAAAUUGAACCUACAUUCUGUUGAUUGGCAGAAAAAGAUAGAUGAAGCCCUAGAAAGGCUACAGGGACUUCAGGAAGCAAUGGAUGGACUGGACUUAAAAUUACGUCAGGCUGAAGUAAUCAAGGGUUCUUGGCAGCCAGUGGGAGAUCUCCUAAUUGACUCUCUGCAAGAUCAUCUAGAGAAAGUCAAGGCACUUCGAGGAGAAAUUGCCCCUCUUGAAGAAAAUGUAAACCACAUCAAUGGCCUUGCCCGACAACUCACAACAUCCGGUAUUCAGCUUUCUCCAUUUAACCUCAAUAGUCUGGAAGACCUGAAUACCAGGUGGAAACUUCUGCUGGUGGCCAUUGAUGAGCGCAUCAGGCAGUUGCAUGAAGCCCACAGGGACUUUGGCCCCACAUCCCAGCACUUCCUUUCCACUUCUGUCCAGGGUCCGUGGGAGAGAGCAAUCUCACCAAACAAAGUGCCAUACUACAUCAACCAUGAGACCCAAACAACCUGCUGGGAUCAUCCCAAAAUGACUGAGCUCUACCAGUCUCUAGCUGACCUGAAUAAUGUCAGGUUCUCGGCUUAUAGAACUGCCAUGAAACUCCGUAGACUGCAGAAGGCCCUUUGCCUGGAUCUCCUGAGUCUGUCUGCUGCAUGUGAUGCCUUGGACCAGCACAACCUCAAACAAAACGACCAGCCCAUGGACAUCCUACAGAUCAUUAAUUGUUUGACCACUAUUUAUGAUCGACUGGAGCAAGAGCACAAUAACCUGGUCAAUGUUCCUCUCUGUGUGGACAUGUGCCUCAACUGGCUGCUGAAUGUUUAUGAUACGGGUCGCACAGGAAGAAUCCGUGUCCUAUCUUUUAAAACUGGUGUUAUUUCCCUGUGUAAAGCACAUUUGGAAGACAAGUACAGAUAUCUUUUUAAGCAGGUGGCAAGUUCAAUGGGAUUUUGUGACCAGCGCAGAUUGGGCCUCCUUCUGCAUGAUUCGAUCCAAAUCCCAAGGCAACUGGGUGAAGUUGCCUCCUUUGGAGGCAGCAACAUCGAGCCAAGUGUCAGGAGCUGCUUCCAGUUUGCUAAUAAUAAGCCAGAAAUAGAAGCAGCUCUCUUCUUGGAUUGGAUGAGGCUGGAACCUCAGUCAAUGGUGUGGCUGCCUGUGCUCCACAGGGUGGCUGCUGCAGAAACUGCCAAGCACCAGGCGAAGUGUAAUAUCUGUAAAGAGUGCCCCAUUAUUGGAUUCAGGUACAGGAGCUUAAAGCACUUUAACUAUGACAUCUGCCAAAGCUGCUUCUUUUCUGGCCGAGUUGCAAAAGGCCAUAAAAUGCACUACCCCAUGGUAGAAUACUGCACGCCAACAACUUCAGGAGAAGAUGUUCGGGACUUUGCAAAGGUACUAAAGAACAAAUUUCGAACAAAAAGGUAUUUUGCGAAGCAUCCACGAAUGGGGUAUCUGCCUGUGCAAACAGUCUUGGAGGGGGACAACCUAGAAACUCCUGUUACUCUGAUCAACUUCUGGCCAGUAGAUUCUGCGCCUGCCUCGUCCCCUCAGCUCUCACAUGAUGAUACUCAUUCACGCAUUGAGCAUUAUGCUAGCAGGCUAGCAGAAAUGGAAAACAGCAAUGGAUCUUAUCUAAAUGAUAGCAUUUCUCCUAAUGAGAGCAUAGAUGAUGAACAUUUGUUAAUCCAGCAUUACUGCCAAAGUUUGAACCAGGAGUCCCCCCUGAGCCAGCCUCGUAGUCCUGCCCAGAUCUUGAUUUCCUUAGAGAGUGAGGAAAGAGGGGAGCUAGAGAGAAUUCUAGCAGAUCUUGAGGAAGAAAACAGGAAUCUACAAGCAGAAUAUGAUCGACUGAAACAGCAGCAUGAACACAAAGGCCUGUCCCCACUGCCAUCCCCUCCUGAGAUGAUGCCCAUCUCUCCCCAGAGUCCCCGGGAUGCUGAGCUCAUUGCAGAAGCCAAGCUACUGCGCCAGCACAAAGGCCGCCUGGAAGCCAGGAUGCAGAUCCUGGAGGAUCAUAAUAAGCAGCUGGAGUCACAGCUGCAUAGACUAAGACAGCUACUGGAACAACCCCAGGCAGAGGCCAAGGUGAAUGGCACAACAGUAUCCUCUCCUUCCACCUCUUUACAGAGGUCAGAUAGCAGUCAGCCAAUGCUGCUUCGAGUAGUUGGCAGUCAGACUUCAGAAACCAUGGGUGAGGAUGACCUACUCAGUCCUCCUCCUCAGGACACAAGCACAGGGUUAGAAGAAGUAAUGGAACAGCUUAAUAACUCCUUUCCAAGUACAAGAGGAAGAAAUGCCCCUGGAAAGCCAAUGAGAGAGGACACAAUGUAGGAAACCUUUUCCACAUGGCAGAUGAUCUGGGCAGAGCGAUGGAAACCUUAGUUACAGUCAUGACUGAUGAAGAAAGGUUAGAA